AUGAUGUAACUGGCAGGGUUGGUAAAUCUGAACUCCCUGUGGAAAUGUGAGUGACUUCCGAGUCCUGUGCAGGAACGAGAGAACCAGGAGAGCAGCCGUGGGCUGAGAUCCGAGUUCCAGCUGGCAGCGACCUCCACCUGGCACUAGGGAAGACGGCUCUGGCUGCUGCAGAGGCUUCCAGGAGAGCCCGGGACGGAAGCGGAGAAGGAGGGCUUCCUCGUGGCAGAGCCGGUGAUCCGGACCGUCUCAAAGCCGGGGCAAAGACCAGCUCCGACGCCACCAAGUUACCCCGGGCUAGAGUCCUAGCCAGAAACCCGGGUCACGUUUCUAUGCCCCGGGGAACAAGCCAAUCACGUCUCUAGGCGCACCAAUCGGCGCACGCUUACGGCGGAAACGAGCCGCCCUGGCCAGUGACAGAGGCCGUACGGCGGAAGCGCAGAGAUGCUCUCCUGGGAAGAUGGCAGCCUCGGUCUGGCCAAAGUUGAUUGGCAGGUUCUGUGACCAGAAGCUGUAGACUCCAGGCCCUGUCCCCUGAGCUCUGCCCUCGGAUGUCCCACCGUCCAGAGCCUGCAUGCGCCGUGGGGCGCUCCAGGACCAGGAGCUGGUGGGUCCGGGGGCUCCUGGGCGGGGGUCCCGGGGCGCCCCUUCUCCCUCGGGACCUGUUGUCCCGGUCCUCGUCUUUCCCCCGGAUCUAGUAUUCAGGGCGGACCAGCGGAGCGGACCCCGGCAGCUGCUGACCCUCUAUAACCCCACGGGAGCUGCGCUUCGCUUCCGAGUCCUGUGCACAGCACCUGCCAAAUACACAGUGUUUGACGCAGAAGGAUAUGUGAAGCCUCAGUCCUGCAUUGACAUUGUGAUUCGCCAUGUGGCCCCCAUUCCCAGCCACUAUGACGUCCAGGACCGCUUCCGCAUUGAGCUGUCUGAGGAGGGAGCUGAGGGCCGAGUGGUGGGGCGCAAGGACAUCACCUCGGUCCUGAGAGCCCCAGCCUACCCCCUUGAGCUUCAGGCACAGCCCGACCCAACACCCCACACAGGGCCUCCUUCCUGGACAGCACCACCCACGGCCAGACACUUUCCGGAGAACCCCCGCCCACAACUGGCCACCAGCUCCUUCCUCCUGUUUGUGCUGACGGGCAUCGUCUCUGUGGCCUUCCUGCUGCUCCCGCUCCAGGACGAACUCGGCAGCCAGCUGCCCCAAAUCCUGCAUGUCUCCCUGGGACAAAAGUUGGUGGCAGCCUAUGUCUUGGGCCUCCUCACCAUGGUGUUCCUCCGCACCUGAGCUCGCUGCUCAACGUCCACCCCCUUCCCUGGUCAGGGACCGGACUUGCAACACCGUGCCCUCAUCCCUUGCUCAAUUCCUGCUCCCUUCUUCCUCCUUCCUGGCCACUCCCCCCACCCCACCCCCCUACCAGAAAUACCCAGGGAUUUGUAUUCAUUUUCCAAGUUGAAUAAAAUUAAUUUUUAAAGUUAAA